ACAUUAAAAAACCGUUCCUCUUUACCUGGAGUUGAAUAUACCCUUUCUAUAGAAGAAUGGAUUUGUUGACACUCAGCCAGUUUGCAGUGCUUCUCUGGAAAAAUUUUACCUUAAAGAGGAGGCAGUUUAUUAAUUUAAUAAUGGAAGUCUUCACAGCGUUGAUGUUUCCAAUGAUGCUUUUGCUAUUCCGUAUACAUAUUCAUUUGAAAAUUUUGGGGCCUUACAAUUUUACUUCUCAACCCAUCAGUACUCUGCCUUCUUUCCUCAAAAACCCUGAAGAGUGGGAAUUGAUUUAUUUGCCUUCUAAUAUUGAUGUGGUAAAAGAGAUCACUGAGAAUGUGAAGAGGAAUCUAAACAUCAGUAUUAAAGUUCGAGGCUUUUCUUCAGAAACUGAGUUUGAGAAGUACAUUAAGUAUGACUAUGAAUCUCGGCAAGUGCUGGCUGCCAUUGUUUUUGACCAUGACUUCAAAAACAGCAAUGACCCUCUGCCACUUCAGGUAAAAUAUCACUUGCGUUUUGUUAGGAUACAGAGGACUAUCUGGUGGCCAGACAAGGUAGGCUGGAAAACAUCCUUACUCUUUCCUGUUCGUCCUUCUGUAGGACCCAGGAACCCAGAUUAUGACGAUGGAGGAAGUCCUGGGUACAUCAGAGAAGGGUUCCUGGCUGUGCAGCAUGCCUUAGAUAAGGCCAUCAUGCUAUAUCAUGAGAGCAGUGCUAGAAAGAAGCUGUUUGAUGGUAUCAGCGUCUUUGUACAGAGAUUUCCACACCCAGCUUAUGCUCAUGAUAGAUUAAUUGUGGUCACUAGUAGUUUCUUCCCUUUGAUGUUCAUAUUCAUGUUCUCUCCAACUGUACUUUCCAUCGUGCGAUCCAUUGUGUGGGAAAGGGAAAAAGGAUUGAAGGAGUACCAGCUCAUAAUUGGACUUAGAAACUGGAUGAUCUGGGCUGCCUAUUUCUUCAUAUUCUUCCUUUUUUAUAUCAUUAUUAUCUCUUUGAUAUGUGUGUUAUUCUUUGCCAAGAUUUUCAACGAGCCAAUCUUCCGCUACAGUGACUAUAGUUUCAUCUUUGUCUUUCUUAUGUGUUAUGCCAUUGCUUCAAUAUUCUUUGGCUUUAUGGUUAGCACAUUCUUCAGUAAAGCUCGUGUGGCUGCUUCUGCUGGAAGCCUCCUAUAUUUUGCCAGUUUCUUUCCAUUUAACGCCAUUGCUCAUUACUAUGGACAGAUAACCCUCGCCAAGAAGGUGGCUGCCUGUCUCAGCUCAAAUGUUGUGUUGGCGCUUGGCAUUAAUCACCUGCUCAAGUUGGAAAUAAGAGAAAUUGGUGUUAAGUGGGAUAAUCUCUGGACACCAGCCACCCUUGAGGAUAACUUCGUCUUUGGCUAUAUGUUGGGAAUGCUUUUACUUGAUGCUUUCUUGUAUGGCCUUGUGACCUGGUAUGUAGAAACUGUCUUUCCAGGGCAGUAUGGUGUGGCCCAACCAUGGUACUUUUUUUUUAUGCGCUCGUAUUGGUUUGGCCAACCACAAAUGAGAAGGGAAAAAGAAGAAAUGAAAGGCUGCAGUGGAACUGAAAACAAGUAUUUUGAGGCCGAACCUACUAAUUUGGUCGCAGGUAUCCAGAUCAAACAUUUGCACAAGGAAUUUGGUGACAAAGUAGCAGUAAACAACAUGUCUUUGAAUUUAUAUAAGGGGCAGAUCACUAUUCUUCUAGGACAAAAUGGGGCAGGAAAAACCACAACCUUAUCUAUUCUCACAGGUCGUUACCCUCCUACCAGAGGAGAGGCCUAUAUUAAUGGAUAUGACAUCUCAAAGAACAUAGUUGAGAUUCAAAAAAACUUGAGCUUCUGUCCACAGCAUGACUUGUUGUUUAAUAACUUGACACUAUCAGAACACCUUUUUUUCUACUCUGUGGUAAAAAGAAGAUAUCAAAAGAUGUGCCCUGUGGAAAUUGACCAAAUUCUGUCUACUUUAAACCUGCUAGAAAAACGUGAUACAUUUUCAAAGUCACUGAGUGAAGGAAUGAAGCGCAAACUCUCCAUCAUUAUAGCACUUUUAGGGGAUUCCCAGGUAGUGAUACUUGAUGAACCAUCAUCUAGUGUGGACCCAAUCUCAAGGAGAGCCAUCUGGGAUCUCCUUCAGCAGAAGAAACACAAUCGUACCAUCUUAAUGACCACUCACUACAUGGAUGAAGCUGACGUCCUGGGUGACCGCAUUGCCAUCAUGGUCAAGGGGACCCUGCAGUGCUGUGGCUCUUCAGUCUUCUUGAAACAAAUAUAUGGUGCUGGAUAUCAUAUAGUCCUGGAGAGGGAACCACAUUGUGAUGUUGAGAAGAUCUCCGCAAUGAUUCAGUCUCAUAUUCCAGAUGCCACUUUGGAGAACUGUAUUGGAACUGAAUUAUCAUUUAUCCUACCCAAGGAGUAUACACACAGGUUUGAAGCUCUGUUUAAUGAUCUGGAAAAGAAACAAAAGGAGUUGGGCAUUGCCAGCCUUGGUGCUUCAAUCACUACCAUGGAAGAAGUCUUCCUUAAGGUCCAUAAGCUGACAGAUUCCCAAAUGGAUAUUCAGCCAGUCCAGUCCCCUUGCUUGAAGAGCCAAAAUAUAAGACAAGACAUGAAUUGGAAUAUGAAUAUGCCCAGAAAUUAUGAGAGACCAGUUUUUUCCAGAUUGAAUGAAGUUGCUACCAUUAAAUUUAAUACUGGGUUUCCACUUUACUGCCAGCAAUUUCGUUCCAUGUUUAUAAAGAGAGCACUGUUCACUUGGCGCAAUUGGAAGUUGAUAUUGCUACAGACAUCAGUAAUUUUGAUUGUCACUACAUAUCUCUUACUAACUAUAAAAUUACAUUAUGAGCUGCCUGCCAGAGAAAUGGAUUUGAGUCAAUAUGGUCGAACAAUUGUACCUUACUCAAUUUCAGGGAAUUCUGAUUUGUCUCUGAAUCUCAUAAAGAACCUUAAGAUUUUUCUAAAUGCUAAGAAUCAAGAACUUCGGGAAGUGCAAGGUAACAUAAUGAAUUACAUAUUGGAAAAUAAAGUGUGUCGUGACUUCUCCAUUAUUGCACUUUCCAUUGACGUUGAGAAAAACAAAACAAUAUUCACCAUUUUGUUCAAUAAUGAGGCAUACCAUUCAGCUGCAACAUCCCUGGCGGUGUUAGACAACAUUCUUUUUAUGUCACUUUCUGGCCCCAAUGCUUCUAUUAAAGUCUCCAACAAGCCUCAACCUCUCCCUCUUUAUGGUUCUAACAUAGUGCCUACAAAUGGAUUACAAAUAGUAUUAUGUUUGGCUUUUGGCAUGGCUGUUGUGGUCAGUAGCUUUUGCCUUCAGACAGUGACUGAGAGAACCACUAAUGCAAAGCACAUCCAGUUUGUGAGUGGGGUCUAUGUCCUUGCUUACUGGCUCUCUGCUUUGCUAUGGGAUCUCAUCUGCUUCUCCAUUUCCUGCUGCUUACUGCUGGGAGUAUUCAAAUACUGCGGAAUGGAUGCAUUUGUUGCAGAUUACCACUUUCUGGACACAAUGAUGAUCUUUAUGCUGUACGGUUGGUCUGUUGUUCCUCUCAUGUAUCUUGGAAGCUUCCUGUUUUCUAGCAGUACUGCUGCCUACGUCAGGCUCACCCUCUUUAACUACUUCUCAACUGUUUCCAGUAUCAUCAUGUACAUCCUAAUACAACAGUAUGGCCCUGACUAUCCUUACUACACCAAAACUCUCGUGAGUAAUGUAUUAAUGGUGCUUCCUAGUUACAACUUUGCAAUGAGUAUCAGCAGAUUCUUUGAUGACUAUGAGGUGAAAAAAAUGUGUGCCAGGCAAUUUCCAAGUAUGUAUGUGGACUGCAGUGAAAAAGUUACUGAGAACAAUGUCUAUGGUUUUGGAGAACGUGGGAUUGCAAAGUUUUUUAUUUCAUUGGCUGCCUUGGGCUUAUUUUAUCUCCUCUUGCUUUUUUGUCUGGAGACUACAUUCUGGAGCCUGAAAAACUCUGUCUUUCAUAAAACUAUGUCUAAUGUCUACAACAUACUGAGGAAAGUCAAGAAGGCCAUAGUGCCCACCCGAGUAAUCAAGGAAUAUGAGAAUGAAGAUGUAGAAAAAGAAAGGAAGAGAAUCCUGGCACUGCUUCCUAAGUUGAAGAAUUCUCCACUGCUUCUUAAAGAACUUACAAAGAUUUAUUUUAAAUGUCCAGUUGUAAAGGCUGUAAGAAAUAUCUCCCUUGUAGUCAAAGAGUCUGAGUGCUUUGGAUUACUUGGAUUAAAUGGAGCCGGAAAAACCACUACAUUCAGAAUGUUGACUGGAGAGGAGACCAUAACCUCUGGAGUUGUGUUAAUUGAUGGCAUUAGCAUCACUGAAAAUAUAAGAAAGGUUAGGUCAAGAAUUGGCUAUUGUCCUCAAUCUAACCCCGUGCUGAACCACAUGACAGGUCGAGAAUUGCUGAUCAUGUAUGCCAGGCUGCGGGGGGUCCCUGAGCCAGAAAUUUACAAGUAUGUGGAAACCUUUUUGCAUUCAAUGCACCUGGAAACCCACGCUGACAAGUCUGUCCACAUAUACAGUAGAGGAAACAAACGUAAAUUGAAUACUGCUAUUGCCCUAAUGGGAAAGUCCUCAGUUGUCUUCCUGGAUGAGCCAUCUACAGGCAUGGACCCAGUAGCCAGGCGCUGGCUCUGGGACACAGUUACAUGGAUGUGUAAAACUGGCAAAGCUAUCAUCAUAACUUCCCACAGUAUGGAAGAAUGUGAGGCCCUCUGUACAAGGCUGGCCAUCAUGGUAAAGGGGAGGUUCAAGUGCCUAGGCAGCCCUCAGCAACUUAAGAACAAGUUUGGUAAUACGUACAGUCUGACAGCAAAGAUUAAGAUUGACGAGAAUGAAGAUAAACUAAAGGAGUUUAAAGAAUUCAUUGAAACAACAUUCCCAGGUAACGCCUUAAAGCAGGAUCAUCAAGGGAUUGUUGGCUACCACAUUCCCAGAGAGGAAAUUUGCUGGGGAAAGGUGUUUAGUAUUUUGGAGGAAGCUAAAGAACUAUUCAAUCUAGAAGACUAUUCCGUCAGUCAGAUAACACUGGAACAAAUCUUCCUAAACGUUGCUAAUAUUGAUUAAAUGGAAAAUGAUCAAGAAAUAAAGCUGCUAUGA